AAUUAUGUCCCCGGCUCCGCAGAUUGCAAAUUCACUUCUUCGUAUUUGCUUGCUCCUAAGACCCUCAAUCCAAUCCAAUCAAUCGUUCACCAAAAGUGAAAGAGCCAAGGCUUUCCGUUUAUCGACUUGCGGUUACAACACUAACCCUGUAGUACGCGAUGGUUCGUGGAGACCCCCGCCCAGCUCCGUACGAGCCGUGCAGAGGUCUUGAAAUCAGGACUGAAAUCAUGGAUUUCGACGUCAAGGAGCAAGAUGAGACCGACGAGACUGUGACACUGGUUAACCAUUGUUAUGUGGAUCCAUUUGGGUACCAGCCACUCUACGUUUGGGGAAUUUAUGACUAUAGUCCAUGAUCUUCUUCUUGAUCACAGCCCUGUUGACCGGGACAAGAUUCUCUCUAGACUACGAAGAAUCCAGAGACGGCACGAGAUCAAGAGCUCACAAGGCCCGACCUUUCGACCGGCUUUUGUCCCACUCUAUGAUGAUGAUCAGGUGGAGAAUAUGCUAGGGAUACCCGAUUUUGAACAGGCCAAAUCCGAUCUUCCAGCUUUCGUCUCGAUCCCGACCAUCCAUUUGGACAAACCGCGCUCUCGAUCAUUCCCUGAGAACUCCCACCAUGUGAAGUCUCUACUGCAGUAUCACUAUAGGUUUGGGAUACACAAUGACACUAGUCAAAAAUCCGAUUUUGACCUCGCUUCGAUUCUUAAUGGCCUCCGUUCUCCUUGUGUCCGAGAGUUGUGGUGUUUAGCACUGGAUAGCAAAAAUCUCGUCACCGUAUCAUGGCUUCGGGCAAACAGUAUCUGGCCGAUACUGAGCCAAGGGGCAAGGUACAGCAACCAAUUGACAGCAGCUGCACGAAUCGCCAUGUCCCAAUACUUCCAGGGAGACUUAAACCCGCCUCAUGAGCGACUCGCAAGUCUACUCACCUCCAAAAAGGGCAAAAGAGUCCUGGUGAUUACAUUCUUUCUUGGAAUGAUUGGUCAAAUUGUUUCCGCUUCCGUGCCUGGAGGCUGGAUGCUGGACCGACUACUUCGCAAAAUUGAGAAGCACCUAUUGGGAAUCGACUCCAUGGAGAUCAUAAGGCUCGCUUCGUUCAUCAUGGUGCUUCAUCGACCAGGUACGAAGAAAGGACAACACGACUGGCUCUUUGGCGUAUUGAGGACAAUCCUUGCUUUUUCGCCUGCGCAAUACAACGGAGAGCCACUUCGAAAUUUAUGUGCCCUUGAUGAGCACAUGAGGCAUUGGGUCGAGGUUGAAAGAACUACGUGGGGCCAAGCAGAGGCCUCUGAAGAGGUUGCGCAUGCUCUCAGAAGUUUAUGGUCUAUCGCAAUUCGCUUUACUAUGAAUUUCCAUCUCAAUUCGGACCGACAUAUAUAUCAACUGGACCGACCAAGCAUGUGGAGAAGGUUACUAAAUUACAUACGCAACGAUUCUAAAGCAAAAUCAGCCAAGACUGAAGUCUUGUACAGGCCCGAGUUAAAAGGAAAAAGAGGCGAAACUCUUCAAGAUCUUGAAGAUGAACUGAUGAUAGCCAUCGCAAACCUUAAUAGGCACCAUGGUACAGCACAGUCAGAACUUCAGGCUUCCAGAGAUAACGAGAACAAGGACAUGUUACGGAGCAUACAGAGCUUUGAAGACAACCUAUCCCUAGCUUGUCUCCUUCGCAUGUGUACAAUAUCAACACCCACCCGGUUCUCGAUAACUUCGCAAGACAUCACAGAUAUGUUUGCUGGAAGGAUAUCCCGGCUUGAAUGGCUUGUUCGGGACUCGGCCUCUCAGCCGCAAGUAUACCAAAUCUCCGCAAUAUCAGACGAAUUGCGGAUCCUGAAGGAGAUCCUACAUAGCCAAAUGCAUGUCGUCUCACAGGUAGCACAGAGCCUUGCACGAGCAAUGGCCAACUCCAUAUCUCUCAAAGCGGUCAACGGCGAAACUCCAGAAUCGGCAGAUAUUCAUGCACCGUUGGGUACUGGAAAGGAAGACUCGGGACAUGACCGAAAAACUCAGAUCUUCAACUCACUACAACGAAAAUCUCAGCUCAGGCAUAGGCAGCUAGCUUACGAUAUCGAAAGACUACAAGACGCUACAGAGCGGUUGAAGUCACAGGCUGCUUUGUUCAUCAAGAUCAAAGCCGAAGACCAAAGCAUCGCUAUCUACGUCUUUACCCUUGUCACCGUCGUCUUCCUCCCACUUUCAUUCGCGACGAGCUACAUGGGAAUGAACACAAGCGAUAUCAGAGACAUGGAGCAGGGGCAGUGGAUAUUCUGGGCUGUUGGAGGCGUUCUAACGGUCGUAGUUAUGCUUAGUGUUUGGGCCAUCGCAUACAGGGGUCCUCGGUGGAAGAAAGUAAGACAGAGUCGGAAGCUCUUACAUAUGGAUUGACGUUGGUGGACAGGAAUUGACACCUGACAUGAGGGCAGCGAAUCUUUAGGCACAUAUCGACGUGACAAACUAGUGUUAUGGGGUAGCAAACCUAUGCACAGUCUUGAGUUCAAUGUUGACAAAAGCUUGGAGCUGCCGAUGGGAGGCAACAAUGCUUGAGACUUCUAUCCUAAGUCAUGAGAAUAAUUAGC